AUGACCAACGAACAGGUGAAAAGCCUGAAUGGAAAACCACCUGGAGGGACAUUACUGGAUGCCUUUGACUGCAGUCACCCCAUACCUCCUGGCUCUAGACAGUACUUUGAGUACCUCCACAGCAGAGGGGUGACCCACUUCAAAGUGCCGCUAUCAUGGGCUCAACUUCUACCUACAGGCCUCCCCAGCCAGCCUCAACGAGCUGUGGUUACCUGUUACCAGACCCUGCUGGGACAGCUGCUGGAGGUGGGCCUUCAGCCUCUGGUUGUUCUUCAUGGCUCCACUGUACCAGAGGUUCUGAGAUCAAAGUAUGGAGGCUGGGAGAACCAGGGGCUGGUGGACAUGUUUCAGCAGUAUGCAGAGUUUGUGUUUGAGGAGUUUGGAGAGCUGGGAGACUCCUGGGUGACCCUGAGUGGCUUGGAUGAGCUGAAGGGUGCUGAGCUGCAAAAUGCUCUUGAUGCACACACCACAGUCUAUCGACCGUUACCACCAGCUGUUUCCUGGGAGAGUCCUAUGCCAAGAAUAUUUGUUGGAUUUCUCCUCAAGUAUUCCCAUCUAAAUUCAUUUUCAACACAUUUUUCUCUUUAUCUUAUACAACCACAUCAAAGCGAUGACACCAACAAAAGAAAUGAACCUCUAACAUCAUCAUGUUCCAUGACCUACUACAAAACUUGGAGCAAUUUUGCCACCAUGACCUCAUCUGAGCGAGAUGCUUUCCUGAAUGACUCCUUCCCUGCUGACUUCCAGUGGGCCACCUCCAGUGAGUCUUUUAAGGUUGAAGGUGGCUGGUCAGAGGGUGGGAAGGGAGAGACCAUUUGGGACCACUUUGGUCACCAAGGCCUGGCCUUUGAGAAUCAGACAGCUGAUCUGGCUUGUGACAGUUUCCACAAGGUGGAUUAUGAUGUCUACCUCCUGCGAGGUCUUCAUGUCAACACGUAUCAGUUUUCCAUCUCUUGGGCCCGUAUUUUCCCCUCUGGCCACCGAGGCAGCCAAUCAGAGAAAGGAGCUCUCUACUAUGACAAGCUAAUCAACGCUCUCAUUGAAUCUGGCAUACAACCUGUUGCCACUCUCUACCACUGGGAUCUGCCUCAGGCACUGCAGAACUAUGGUGGAUGGACAAACACCUCCAUUGUUGAAGCGUUCAAGGAUUACGCAGACUUCUGUUUCUCCAGGUUUGGAGACAGGGUCAAGACCUGGAACACAUUCAGUAGCCCCUGGGUGGUGAGCCAUGCUGGCUAUGGCACUGGUGAGCAUGCCCCUGGCAUAAAGGAUUAUGUGGUUGCCUCCUAUCAGGUCACUCACAAUAUGCUCAAGUCCCAUGCUGAGGCCUGGCAUGUCUACAAUGACAAGUACAGGAUGAAACAAGGAGGGAAAGUGGGCAUUGCAUUGAACUCUGACUGGGCUGAGCCCAUGAACGCCUCCAGACCUGAAGACAUAGCAGCUGCAGAUCGCUACUUGCAGUUCAUGCUGGGCUGGUUUGCACACCCCAUAUUUGUAGAUGGAGAUUAUCCUGCAACACUAAAGACUCAGAUUGAAGAGAAAAGAAGAGUGUGUCCCUCCUCUGAGCCUGCAAGACUUCCAGUUUUCACUCCUGAAGAGAGAAAGAGGAUACAUGGAACAGCUGACUUUUUAGGAUUAAACCACUACACUUCCCGGCUGGUGAGCAACAGUAAUGGUGGAUGCACCCCUGGUCCUCAGGGGGUUGGUGACUUCCAGACACAUGUGGACCCAUCGUGGUCCUCUACAGCUUCAGACUGGAUAUAUUCAGCACCAUGGGGUCUCCGAAGGCUUCUUAAUUACAUUUCUACAGAAUACUUGAAUGUUAGCAAAGUGCCUAUCCACAUAACUGGGAACGGGAUGCCUACUGAGUACAGUGGGAACACUCUCAGUGACACCAGCAGAAUAGAGUACAUGAGGAGUUACAUCAAUGAGGCUCUGAAAGCUAUACAUUGGGAUGGGGUAAAUGUGCAGCGGUAUACUGUCCAGUCACUCAUGGAUGGUUUUGAGGGUCCACAAGGCUACAAUGAACGAUUUGGGCUCCACCAUGUCAACUUUGAUUUGCCUGACAGACCCAGAACUCCAAAGCAGUCUGCCUACUUUUACUCUCAGGUUAUUGAAAAGAAUGGCUUUGCUUCCAAAAACCAGGUCAUUUAUGCACCAGAACUGAAAAACAUGAAGUCAAAUAAAGUUCCCCCGAUGCCACCUUCAACCGUCCCAUCACAAGCCAAGGAUGUCUGGAGGAAAUUUUCAUCGCAAACCAAUUUUCAGAGAAAACUCUACCACUAUGGUACCUUCCCACAAGGCUUCAGCUGGGGAGUAUCAUCGUCAGCUUAUCAGAUUGAAGGUGGCUGGAAUGCAGAUGGGAAAGGGCCCAGUGUCUGGGAUACAUUCACCCAGAAACCUGGCAGUAUUCCUGGGAACCCCAAUGGAAAUGUGGCCUGUGACAGCUACCAUAGACUUGAUGAAGAUUUCUACAUGCUGCGAGCUCUGAGGGUGAAGUCAUACCGAUUCUCUCUGUCCUGGUCCAGGAUCUUUCCUGAUGGUCGACGCUCCUCUCUGAACCAGAAAGGUGUUGACUACUACAAUCGUCUCAUUGAUGGCCUCGUAGCACAUAACAUUACCCCCAUGGUGACACUCUAUCAUUGGGACCUCCCUCAAGCUUUGCAGAACCUCAGUGGAUGGGACAAUGUAGACAUGAUUGACAUUUUUAAUGACUUUUGUGACUUCUGCUUUGCCACUUUUGGAGACAGAGUGAAAUUUUGGAUGACCUUCAACCAGCCUCAAACAAUUGCAUGGUCAGGAUAUGGACUUGGACAGAUUCCACCAAAUAUUAAAAAUCCAGGAAUUGCACCAUACAGAGUUGCACACAACCUGAUAAAAGCUCACGCCAAGGCCUACCACACAUAUGAUGAUAAGUAUCGCAAAGCUCAAGGUGGCUUAGUAUCCAUUGCCCUCAAUGCUGAUUGGAUUGAACCUAAAGAUGUUAAUGUUCCCAGAGAAGUGAUGGCUGCUGACCGUGCUCUGCAGUUCCAAUUGGGCUGGUUUGCACACCCUAUUUUCAAGAAUGGUGACUAUCCAGAUGCAAUGAAGUGGCAAGUUGGAAACAAAAGUGAACUGCAAGGUCUUUCAGAAUCAAGACUACCUUCCUUCACUGAAGAAGAAAAGAGCUUUAUCAAGGGAACUGCUGACAUGUUCGGUGUAAAUCAUUACACUACAAAGAUAGUGAGCCAUGUUACAGCUCAGCUUACCCCACAAUCUUAUCAAUAUGACAAAGAUUUGUCAGAAGCAGAGGAAGGUGAUUCCCCAACUACUGCGAUCAGUAACCAGAGAGCUGUCGCAUGGGGCCUGAGAAGACUCCUCAACUGGAUCAAAGUAGAGUACGGAGAUCCAGAGAUUUACAUUACUGAGAAUGGAGUAGCGACAGACACUAAGACCACAGUUGACGACACAGACAGAGUAUUUUACUACAAAACGUAUGUUGAUGAGGCUUUAAAAGCUCAUAAUCUUGAUGGUGUGAAGGUGAAAGGAUACACAGCAACAUCUCUUAUGGAUUCAUUUGAGUGGCUUAAUGGAUACAAAGUUGGAUUUGGGCUGCAUCAUGUGGACUUUGCCAAUCCAAACCGACCAAGAACACCCAAACGCUCAGCGCACUAUUAUUACCAGGUCAUGAGGGACAAUGGCUUCCCAUUACCAGAUGAUGAGAAGACGCUUUAUGGACAGUUCCCUAAAACCUUUAAGUGGAGCACUGCCAGUGCUGCUUACCAGAUUGAAGGAAGUUGGAGAGCCCAUGGAAAGGGUUUGAGUAUCUGGGACAAGUUUGCCCAUACUCCUCUCAGAGUCUCCAACAGUGACAACGCUGAUAUUGCCUGUGAUAGUUACAAUAAGAUUGACAAGGAUGUGGAGGUGCUGAAGAGGUUGAAGGUAUCCCACUACCGCUUCUCCGUAUCGUGGCCCAGGGUGCUUCCCGAUGGCACCAACAACCACAUCAAUGAAGCUGGGCUGAACUACUACCAUAGGUUACUAGAUGCCUUGGAGGCUGCUAAUAUUCAACCACAGGUCACCCUAUACCACUGGGACCUUCCCCUGGCUCUACAGAAAGUGGGAGGCUGGGAGAAUGAAACCAUUGUACACAGGUUUAGAGAUUAUGCCGAUGUUUUAUUCAGCCGACUUGGAAGUAGAGUGAAGUUCUGGAUCACUCUAAAUGAACCCUACAUUGUAGCCAACCUUGGUUACGGAUAUGGUACUUUUGCGCCAGGCAUUGUGGGUAAGCAGUAUAUUGCAGCUCACAACCUGAUCAAGGCCCAUGCUGAAGCUUGGCACCUCUACAAUGACAAGUACCGUGCAACACAGGGUGGCCUCAUCUCCAUUACCAUUAAUUCGGAUUGGGUGGAGCCGCGGAGCCCAUACAAGCAGGAGGACGUGGAUGCAGCCAAGCGCUACCUGCAGUUCUUCAUUGGCUGGUUUGCCCAUCCCAUCUUCAAUGGUGAUUAUCCUCACUUAAUGAAAACAAUCAUUCGCAAAAGAAGCCUUGCUGCAGGUCUCCCUAAGUCACGCCUUCCGGAGUUUACUCCUGAGGAAAUCAAGAGGAUCAAUGGGACUCACGAUUACUUUGGCUUCAACCAUUACACCACGGUUCUUUCAUUCCCUGUUGAUUUGGGAAAUCAGCAGGAUUAUGAAGGUGACAGGGGAACUGGAACCACACAUGACCGCACCUGGAUUGAAUCUGGCUCCUUCUGGCUGAAGAUCACUCCCUUUGGAUUCAGGAAAAUCCUCAAGUUCAUCAAGGAUGAAUACGGAAAUCCACCUGUAUAUGUCACAGAGAAUGGGAUCUCAGAAAGAGGAGCAGUGGACUUGAAUGACAUCCACAGAACACACUAUUAUGAGAACUACAUUAACCAGGCCCUGAAAGCCCAUGUUUUGGAUGGAGUCGACCUGAGAGGCUACACAGCCUGGUCAUUGAUGGACAACUUUGAGUGGGCUGCUGGCUACUCGGAGCGAUUUGGGCUUUUCUUUGUGAACCGUUCCAACCCCACGCUUCCUCGCAUCCCAAAAAACUCAGCCUCUCGCUACGCCUCCAUCAUCACCUGCAAUGGCUUCCCAGAUCCAGCCCUUGGGCCCCAUGAGUGUUUGAACCCUGAACCAGAAGCUACAAGCACACCUAUUGUGACUACUGCCCCAGUUCUGCCUCUGAACAUGGUGGACUUCUUGGGUCUGGAGCUUUCACCACAAGAUGCUGAAGUAGCGCUUUACGUCAUCUUUGCAUUUCUUCUCACAAGCGUACUCGGGAUUGUCUUUGUUGUGUAUCGGCUCUUGAAUACAAAAAAGAAGUUAAAGAGAGCAGCUGUGGAAUCUGUUAAGAUGGAGAGAAUGUGAGCAAAGUUUUGGAGAUCUCCUUUAAUAAAAGUGAAGUGUGAUAUAUCAGUUUUUGGCUGCUUGACCAGGUCCAGAUCAGGGUCCAGAUAUGCACCUGGGUUGCUGAUAAAUGCAUGGUUGCCUAACUGAAAGACCACAUAUGUGACAAAAAUAAAAAAGAAAGUGAAAAUCAGUAUGGUAUUCCUUACAAAAACUCCUCAGAAUGAAAGUCGCCCACUAUGUAAGCUACAUACAUGUUACAAUAAUGAAUGAGUGUGGUUAUAAUGCUUUAAAGUCAAUAUUUGCAGUCACUCCAUUCCUCAUUUCAUUACAGCAGUUUCUGUUGUUGCAGCUUCACUGUUUCCAAUAUUUAUUUUGUGAAGUGAUGACUGUGCCUGUGCUGAUUUCAGAUGCUUGUGUCAGUAUCAAUAAAUGACCUCUGGAUGGCGCCAUUAAAUCAUUUUCUA